AAGAAUUUACCGGCAGGCAGGUCUGGUCCCAGCAGAGGAGACCCAGGGGUCCCAGAGCGGCGCUGGCGGGAGGCGUAAUGCCAGGGGGGUGAGGGUUGAUCCGAGAGCCCAGCGCGCGGCUGCCGCUCACAGUCCCCUUCCCGAGCGCAGAGCGGGCGGAGAAGUCCACUGCUUUUAAGGCCCUGCACUGAAAAUGCAAGCUCAGGCGCCCGUGGUCGUUGUGACCCAACCUGGAAUCGGUCCCGGUCCGGCCCCCCAGAACUCCAACUGGCAGACAGGCAUGUGUGACUGUUUCAGCGACUGCGGAGUCUGUCUCUGUGGCACAUUUUGUUUCCUGUGCCUUGGGUGUCAAGUUGCAGCUGAUAUGAAUGAAUGCUGUCUGUGUGGAACAAGCGUCGCAAUGAGGACUCUCUACAGGACCCGAUAUGGCAUCCCUGGAUCUAUUUGUGAUGACUAUAUGGCAACCCUUUGCUGUCCUCCUUGUACUCUUUGCCAAAUCAAGAGAGAUAUCAACAGAAGGAGAGCCAUGCGUACUUUCUAAAAACUGAUGGUGAAAAGCUGUUACCGAAGCAACAAAAUUCAGCAGACACCUCUUCAGCUUGAGUUCUUCACCAUCUUUUGCAACUGAAAUAUGAUGAAUAUGUUUAAGUACAACUGAUGGCAUGAAAAAAAUCAAAUUUUUGAUUUAUUAUAAAUGAAUGUUGUCCCUGAGCUUAGCUAAAUGGUGCAACUUAGUUUCUCCUUGCUUUCAUAUUAUUGAAUUUCCUGGCUUAUAAACUUUUUAAAUUACAUUUGAAAUAUAAACCAAAUAAAAGAUUUUACUGAUAAGAUUC